UGCCUCUCUGGCCAGCCCUAAGGCCACACGAGCGGCGGCGGCCAUGGCUUGCACGGAGGCGGCCCGGGCUUUCCUGGGCUCCCUCCUGCGGGAUUUCCCGAGGCCGCUGGGUCCGGAGGACGCCUUGCCUUGGAGUCCUCCGGGCCGGGGUGGCGCCCUCAGCCAGGCCGAGGCUCCUGCGGAGAUGGCGGAGUUGGCCCGCGGCUUCCUGGACAGCAGGAAUGCGCCACCUCUCCUUGCAACAUCUUUGAUUCAUGCAGCAAUUAGUGAUCUGCUGCAGACGAAUCUUAGUGAUUUUAAAAAGCAGCAUGGGGAAGGGGAGGAAGCUGGAGAUCAUGGGACCGCUCUCUUGCUUGAUGGAAGCCCUUUGCAGCGCUGUUUCUUUAACAAGCUCUGGGAUGUUUGUUGCAAAUGGCAGAAGCAGCUACCACCACUGAGGCCUCUUGAACGCUACCUCCAGGUCUCCAUCCAUGCAACACGCAAUUCCCGCCGGAAGAUGGAGGACAGACACGUUUCCCUUCCGGAAUUUAAUCAACUUUUUGGCAUGACGGACGGUGUGGAGAGAGCAUACUUUGCCGUGUUUGAUGGUCAUGGUGGCGUCGAUGCCGCUAACUAUGCAGCAACUCAUUUGCAUUUCAACAUCGCACAUCACAAGGAGAUUUUGAAAAACCCAGCAGAGGCCUUGAAAGACUCUUUCCAGAAAACAGAUGAAAUGUUCCUUUCUAAAGCCAGACGAGAGAAGCUGCGCAGUGGGAGCACAGGUGUGUCUGCCUUGAUUGUCGGGAACAAGCUACACGUUGCUUGGCUGGGAGACUCCCAAGUAAUGCUGGUGCGACAGGGGAAAGCUGUAACCCUGAUGGAGCCCCAUAAGCCAGAGAGAGAGGAUGAGAGACAACGGAUUGAGGCCUUAGGGGGCUGCGUAACCUAUAUGGACUGCUGGCGUGUCAAUGGGACCUUGGCUGUUUCCAGAGCGAUUGGUGACUUAUUCCAGAAGCCUUAUAUCUCUGGCUGUGCAGAUGGUGCGUCAUUUGAGUUGACUGGGGCUGAAGAUUAUGUGCUUCUGGCCUGUGAUGGAUUCUUCGACGCUAUUAGACCCUUUGAGGUGGUGGACCUUGUUCUGGAGCACUUAACCCAAAGCCAAGGUGAUGGUCUCAAGGCGGCCGAGAGGCUGGUGGCCGCAGCGAAAGAGAGCGGCUCCAGUGACAACAUCACAGUCCUGGUGGUGUUUUUAAGAGAGCCCAAGCACGUCUUGGCUGACUGCCUCCGCGACCCCAAAAGCUGCUCUGCUGAUGAUUGCACAGCCGACUCACCCUUUAGCUUUUUGAGCUCGGAAAUGACAGGCUAGAGAAGACCACCAAGUACACUCAAAGCGCAACUUCCAAAUGCAUGCAAGUAAAAACAGGCUCCUUACCGCCCGUGACAAAGACUAUUGAGCGGCGGACAAAAUAGCUCAGCUCAAGCGUCCAAAUUUUUACACUCUAGCUGGACAACUUGCGCCUGGGUUGUGUGGCUUCAGUGUGGAUAGGGGUUUGCCUGACUGUUCCUCUGUACCACUUUUCCUGUCUCCCCUAUCCCCGUAGGAAGCUAACAUAUCACGGAAAAGGAUUCCAGUCUAGCCUUUUCCUUGAUGAGCUACUUUUCUCGGUAUAGGGAAAUUUUUGUAUGGUGGAGCCCUCAACCUUGUGAGGUUUCCUCUUAUACUCUGAAGUGGUAUAGUCCAGACACUGGGAACUAGUCCUCAAGAAAGUCUUAAGAGGUUGGCAGUUUGUGCUUUAACUGGUCAUAGCCCAGAGCCCGGCUCCAAUGUCUUAGGAGGUGGUGAAGAGUGUAUAAGCUACAGAUGAAUACUUGGGAUUCUCUGGGAUCAUUUGGAAUAGCACUUAAAGAGGGUUGCAUUCAGAUACUUAGUUAUUAUGGCUGUGAAUAAGCUACUAUUGCCACUGCCAAAGACUCACUAAGUCCUGUGUACAUAUUCAGUGUUAAACAGUGUUUGCGAUUGGGGUCUUAUGCUCUGGUCUAUAGUAUAAGAGCCAGAACUCCACUCCCCUUGCUUCAUUGCAUACCAAAGAAAGUGAAUAUUUUGUUUGUGAGGCACAAAGGAAAAGAAAGAAAUUUAAAUGAAAAAUGUCCACAACCAAUAAUCCACUGAAACCCAAACCAACAGCAUGGGAAACUCCUGCAUGGACAUGCCAACACUAGCUCCAGAAUGGCAGCGAAAAUGUAGAGGGCUGCAGCUAAUUCACCAAAUGAAAUUCCUGCACAAAUCUCAUUCAUUCGUUCCCUUGAGUUUGCAGAGUAACAACGGUCCCUGCUUUUCAGAGUUUUACAGUGAAAUCCUAAGCAGAGUUACUCCAGUCCAAGCCCAUUGGGAUUUCACUGUUAGUUAGAUGGA